UGCCAUCAGCCCCCCAGCGGCCCCGCCGCGCUCCCGGCCCGCGCGCUCGCCCCGCGCCGUGGAGCUGUCCGCCCGCGGGGGUGCUGAACGCAAGGCGCCGCGCGGGGAUGGGGGCGGCGGGCGACCCCGCCUGAUCCCGCCCGCGCCCCGCACACAAAGCCGCGGCCAUGGAAGAGGAGCUGAAGUGCCCGGUGUGCGGCUCGCUCUUCCGGGAGCCCAUCAUCCUGCCCUGCUCGCACAACGUCUGCCUGCCCUGCGCCCGCACCAUCGCCGUGCAGACCCCGGAGAGCGAGCAGCACCUCCCGCCCGGGCUCCCCCAGCGGGGCUCCGCCGCCUGCCCGGACUCGGAGUGCGCGGCGGGGGGAGGCGGCGGGGACCACGCCGACAAGCUCAGCCUGCACAGCGAGACCGACAGCGGCUACGGCUCCUACGCGCCCAGCCUCAAGUCCCCCAACGGCGUGCGGGUGCUGCCGCUGGCGCCGCCGGGAGCGGCUCCGCGGGCACCCGCCGGCUCCUCCCUCACCUGCCCGCAGUGCCACCGGAGCGCCUCCCUGGACCAGCGCGGGCUCCGCGGCUUCCAGCGCAACCGGCUGCUGGAAACCAUCGUGCAGCGCUACCGGCAGGGCCGCGCCGCCGCCGCCGCCGCCAAGUGCCAGCUGUGCGACCGCAGCCCCGCCGAGCCGGCCGCCGUGCUGUGCGAGCAGUGCGAGGUGCUGUACUGCGCCUCCUGCCAGCUCCGCUGCCACCCGGCCCGCGGGCCCUUCGCCAAGCACCGCCUGCUGCCGCCGCCCGGGGCCCCCGCCGCCGAGGGGAAGGGGGCGGGCGGCGGCCGCAGGGCGCCCACGUGCGCCGAGCACGACCCGGAGAGCUACAGCAUGUACUGCGGGAGCUGCCGCACCCCCGUCUGCUGCCGCUGCCUGGAGGAGGGCAAGCACAGCCAGCACGACGUCAAGGCUCUGGGCGCCGUAUGGAAGCAGCACAAGGCACAACUGUCUCAGGCUUUAAAUGGUGUUUCAGAUAAAGCAAAGGAAGCUAAAGAAUUUCUGGUUCAGCUGAAAAAUUUACUGCAGCAGAUCCAGGAGAACGGGUUGGAUUAUGAAGCCUGUCUUGUCGCUCAGUGUGAUGCCUUGGUUGAUGCGUUGACACGACAAAAGGCAAAACUGCUCACAAAGGUGACCAAAGAACGUGAGCACAAGCUGAAGGUUGUUUGGGACCAGAUAAAUCACUGUACACUGAAGCUACGCCAGUCAACAGGGCUUAUGGAGUACUGCCUGGAAGUUAUCAAAGAAAAUGAUCCCUCUGGGUUUUUACAGAUUUCGGAUGCUUUAAUCAAGCGUGUUCAGGUAUCUCAGGAACAGUGGGUCAAAGGAGCCUUGGAGCCAAAAGUGUCUGCUGAGUUUGACUUGACUCUGGAUAGUGAACCUUUACUGCAGUCAAUUCACCAGCUGGAUUUUAUUCAGAUGAAAUGUAGGGUUCCUGUUACAGUGCCACCCGUCCCAUUACUGCAGCUGGAGAAGUGUUGCACCAGGAACAACAGUGUGACAUUGGCCUGGAGGAUGCCACCUUUGAGCCACAACCCGGUGGAGGGUUAUAUCUUGGAACUUGAUGAUGGAGAUGGUGGCCAAUUCCGAGAAGUAUAUGUUGGCAAGGAAACUCUCUGCACCAUUGAUGGCCUUCAUUUCAACAGUACCUAUAAUGCAAGAGUCAAAGCUUUCAACUCGUCAGGAGUUGGCCCUUACAGCAAGACAGUUAUUUUACAGACGUCGGAUGUGGCAUGGUUCACCUUUGACCCCUCCUCAGCUCACAGAGACAUAGUGCUGUCAAAUGACAACCAGACUGCUACAUGCAACAGUUAUGAUGACCGUGUUGUUCUUGGCACAGCAGCCUUCUCCAAGGGUGUGCAUUACUGGGAACUGCAUGUGGACCGGUACGACAACCAUCCAGAUCCAGCCUUUGGCAUCGCCAGGAUUAAUGUUGUGAAGGACAUGAUGCUAGGCAAGGAUGACAAGGCAUGGGCCAUGUACGUUGACAACAACCGCAGCUGGUUCAUGCAUUGCAAUUCUCACACCAAUCGGACUGAAGGAGGAGUUUCUAAAGGUGCCACCGUUGGUGUUCUCCUGGAUCUGAACAAGCACAACCUGACCUUUUACAUAAAUGGGCAGCAGCAAGGGCCUCCAGCGUUUGAAAACAUCGAGGGUGUCUUCAUGCCUGCAUUGAGCCUCAAUCGAAAUGUCCAGGUGACCCUGCAUACAGGACUGGAGGUGCCACAAUGUGUAAAACAGCCCAAGCUGCCCAACAACUAGUGAAGCCACUGCCCAACCUUAUGCUGGAUUCUGUAAGCUUUCUCCGUGUGAUUUGGCACUUUUCAGUAAGUCAGUAAAAAGGCAUUCUCUUCCCGGACUUAAAGCAUCAUAUGGUAUGUUGCUCACCAAAUUAUUCGCUGGUUACAGCUAGCCCACUCCGUUUUUAACAGCCAUAGCAAGCUUAUCCACUGAACUGGCCCUCAACUGCAGAUGGGUACCUGAACAUAUCUACACUGCAUUGCACAUAUAUGUACACAAACGUGCGCAUGCACACACACACAUAUUUGUAAAGCGAAAGGUUAAAUGACUGUAUUUUCUCUCUCAUGGCUGGAUUUGUGUUUAAAAGAUACUAGGGAUGCCAGAAAACAAAUGAGUAAGAAUAAGACUAAGGGACAACAGUUGAUGGAGCAGUUUACCAGUAAGUGAACUGCAUUCCCUUGCCACUUGAAGUCCUUAAAUCAAGAAAGUAUACGCUUGGACAGCUGAAGUGGAGGCUGAGUGCUCAAAAACUCCUGUUUGUCCAUUACAUUCAGGGCCUCAAAUGACUGUUAGUUAUUCCUUCUGGCUCUGGACUGCAGUAAACUGUGGGAUAAAGUUCCCCUAGAAUUCAGUGGCAGAACUCAGCCAUCUUCAUCGAGAGUAAGAUUGGUUUCCAAACACUGCCAUAUAAUAAUUGCACUUAUUUUAGCUAACACCACGAUAAAUGCAGAAUUCAGAUAUGAAAAGCAGAGAGAAAAACAUUCUCAAUACAUUUUAGUAUUUGUUCUUUAUGUGUGAUUGUGGAGACUAUCACAUAUGGAAAACCUGAUUGUGGUAAUCAGCACAGCUCUUGAAAAAAGGCACAGUGGAGAUCCCUUUGAAUUGAAUUGAUAAGAGAUUUAUUUAAAUAUGGAACAUGUGAAGUGUCCCAUGUAGAGAAUGCUGCUUUCCAGCCUUGAUCCUGAUAAGCCCUGGGCAGCUGUAGUUCCAAUGUAGCUUUGAGAUCAGAGGCCUUAAUUUUCUAUUAUAUUAGUGUGAGCUAAUCGAUGUCUGGAUCCUAAUGAAGCACUCGAGUGAGAGAGAUUCAUAGCAUUAUGUGAAGUCUGUCUCUAUGAUUUUUUUCUAGAUAGAGACAAAAAUCUUUUGCAAGACUCACCUGUGUCUGGCACCUCCCAUGGAAACAAGCAGCAGUUUCAGGUGCUGCCUAUGACAACUGGAGUCUGACCAAUAGGGAACUUUUCCCACAACCGUGGCAGUGUGACCUGUGUGCUGUUGUCAGAAAACACAUCGAUUUGUAUGUGUGCUUCUUUUCCUCUGAACCCAGUUAACAUACGCAAGUGUGUGUGUGUGUAUAGCAGCAAUGCAUAAGAACACGAUGCAACAGACUGUGAGAGCCCAUAACAUCUCGGACUCUGUCAGUCUAAUCCUAUGUAAGCAUGGUGCUAUUAAACAAGAAAAGCAUAAACUCUUAGAUACCAUCAAUGUACUAUUUCCAUUUUUUAAAUCCUGCUGCUGAUAUAAAUUUUCUUCUCCGAGCAUACAUAUACGCACAUGCAUAUUGUUAUCAGACGUAAUUAUUAAACCUGAGAACAAAUAUUCUAGCCAAAAUGCAUCUUACUGCCUUGCAUUAAACCACAGCCACGGGACAAACAGCCCAGGUCUGCCUUUGGGCAGCCUGUCAGCUCCAAGACAUCCUGCUGCAAGUCCACUUGUGGUCUCUGGCAGGAGCAAAUCACUCAGGUAGUGCUGAGCAACAGCAAGGCUCCCCUGGGAGAGAGCAGCCAGGAUCCUCCCUGGGGUCAUCCUACCUCCCAGCCACUGUGGGGAGGGGGAGGUUAGCCCAACAAAACAGUCCCAGGCUAUUGCACAGACAAAGAGCAGUCUGCCAUUGUGCUACAUGUAACCAACCAAGCAUCCCGUAGCCCACCUCUCCUGCAGAACAGCAGUGCAUCUUCAGUGAUGUCAAGACUGAAGUAGGAAACAAAACCAAUGAUGGGAAAAAAUAACAUAAGCUUUUAAAUGGGAAAGCAACAGUACUUUCUUCAAAGUCUGGAACGGAUUGUAUUAGUAAACUUGUAGACACUGGAAUAACUGUGCUAUGCUCAUUUUGGUUUCUUAAAGAAAAGGAGAGAUCAAAUGUGUUAUAAUUUUGUUUUCAUUUAAUACGGCAUAAACUCGUGCAGGAUUUUCUAAUUAGCGGGUCUGUUUUAAACUACCUCAGCUAGAAUGCUAAUGGACCCCGAAUUUCCUCUUGAGUAUGCUCUUCUAUGUACCUAACAGUUAUAAUCAUAGCAGUGGCUUUGAGUAUUGCCAGAGCAGAGUAUGGGAAUACUGUACAUAAGUUGCACAUAUUUUUUUAUAUUGGGAAACAUCCCGUGAUAGUUUUAAUACAGAAGGCACUCCACUUCCACUUGUAUUAAAAACAAAAGGGCAUUGUUUAUUUUGGGACUGAACCUUUGUCUUUACUCCAAACUUCUGUGAGGGAAACUCAACUGAAUUUACAUCUUUCCCAUCUUCAACCAUCGACAAAUGCUUAAAAUUAAUUCUGAAUGGGUUUUAGAAGCGUUUGCAGUAAUCUGUUUUGGUUUUCUAGUUGCUUUGGUAUCGGUUUCUGCUGUGUUAUGUCCCAGGGAUAACACAGUGAUACGGGUUACUACUUUCUAAUGGAGAUAUGGACAGCAGGUAGGGACAUGCUUCAGAGCUCCAGAGAAGCUCAUUUGUUAUCCUCUACACAUUCUAACAUUCAUAAAAGUAGGAUAUAGAUUAGCUACUUUUACAGUCUCCUUUUAACCUAGAAGAAAUGCAAAUAAAAUAAAAGGAAUACAGUUAGAAGUAGGAAACCUGCAUUAGUAAUACUUAUUUAGCAAUACUAAUUUAGCCUAGGUCAAAAAAUAAAGUGGUUUUAUGUGUUGGUUGUAUACACAUCCAAGGACUUGGGUCUGGCAUGGCCCAUAGCAAUAAACCAGUUACCCCAAUAAAGUGUAGUCUCAUAACUUCAGCUGGAUGCAUUUUGUUAGUUUGAUUAACAGAAAUAAUACUCAAGUAGUUAGAAUUACACUAGGAAACUAAUUACUCCAUAUGUGAAUAUGUAUGCAGAGCAUCCAGAUGGCAGUGUCCAUCUAAACACAGGCAGAGCAAAAUUUUCCCUUUGCAGAACAGCAUCAGGUGGGGAGAACUGGGGCAUUUCCACCUCUCUGCUCAGGCUGGAGGUAGUUUGCUUCUCUGCAAGUAACUCCCCCAAUGUCCAUCUUGUUAUAAACCCAGCAUUUUGCGUGUUCUUCUUAUGCCAGUUUUUGUUCCCUUCUUUAGGAGGGAGUCACCCCUUUGUACUAUGAUCCUUGCAGAAAAUGUGAUGGUGACUGUCCAGGGAGAACCCAGGAGGGCUGGUAGCAUACACAGAUACCCAAGGGACUACUUUGGAUGCUUUCGCUUCCUUUUGAUUCCUUGCGGGUAUUUGUGCAGCUCCCUGGGACUCCAAGCUCCCCUGCCACCUGGACCUACAGAAAGCUGCCUUUCAUGGGACUCUUCUGCUCCUAGAGGCCAGUCUGCUCCUUAUAAGCAAAAAAGCAGAGCCUCUUGCACUGAACCCAGAUAAGGUAGCUGUAAAUUGACUUAAUGUUUAAAGAAACAAACAAAAAAACCUCUCUAGAAACAAAUAAGCCAUCCUCAAAUAAACAUAAAGAAGCUUAACUUGUGCAUACACCAGUUUGGAACCUCUGUGCAAAAACGUUUUCUGUCCCGCAGAGCAACAAAAGACACUUUAUUUUUCAUCUAUCCCUGUGAACCCCAACCUCAGCCUUUGUGACCCUUCUUCCUGGCUUUAUUCCUCUGCAAAUUUUGCUGUUAAGUUUAGUGGGACCAAACAGAAGUGUGCCAUCAGGAGCAUUGUCAGACUUCCCAAGGCGUGCAGUGCUACACAAUUCCACUCCCUUCUUUUCCCUCACCAACUCAAAAAAAGCUGACAAGAAGAUCUUACUAAGACUUAAUGUCAAUAUAUCAGAAUUCAACAGGAAAAGUAUUAAAUGUAAUUUCUUAUAUGCACAAUGUUCCAUGGUGUUGUAAAUAAUGCCAUUAUAUUGUAUUGCUGUAGCUUGUUCUUGGCUGGUGAUAGAGUUCUGUCGUAGUGCUGUUUAAGCUUUUAUUUUCAUUCUGUGUGGGUUUUUUUCUCUUCCAAUGCGUAGUUAGUAAAGAUGGCAGAGAACACCCAAUACUCUAGUUUCUGAGUUGUUCUAGAGCAAGAAGAAAUGUGAGAUGCAGCUUUUUUUCUUACAUAACUAUGUUUCUUAAGGUAAGAAAGAGAUGAGAUCAAGACUAAGCUGUUACCACCAGCAUAUGAAAAACACGAUUGCAACUGCCAACAAGAGGUGGUGCAUUUUUGGACCAUAAUCCAAAAUAUAUGGUUUCUAAACCAUAUAUUAUGAUAUAGAAAAAUAAAGUUUCUAAAUAAAUUCUGUGAGAAGGGCUGCAAAGUACCAACAACCUGGAAAACAGCAGCUUUUGGUGCCACCUAGUACAUCCAUUGAACACAAACAGAAAGAUAAGGAAAGAGUUGUUAGACCUAAUCUCAGGCCUUACCAGCUUUGCAGCAUUCUGCUUCAAUAGCAAAGUCAAGAACUCAACUUUGACCCAGGCAAGAUAAUAUGAAAACCCCAGGCAUCUUUGCUAGAUCAGCUUUGGAAGGGAGAUUACAGUUCCAAGUCCUUCAACAGGUUACGGUAACAAAUCAGCCACACUGCAAAUGUAAAGGGCACUUGUCACUGAAAAUUACCAAACAAAGAUGAUGGAGAUGGAGAUGGAGAUGUUGGGUUUUUUUUGAACUAUUAUUAUUUUUUUUUUAAAGUGAGCUGCUCCUAGUUUUUACUGACAACAUUUCUGGUGAUUCCUCUGCCCAGCACUACUGAAUGCUGCACACACACACAACCGGCUGGAGCAACAGCCUGAAGCACAAAUCCAUCGUAAAUAAGAUGCACUCGGUCUUCUUACGUGCAGAAGCCCAUAUGCAAGCCACAGAGACUACAUGUACGAGGCUCCUGCAUCUUUGCACAAUAUGGGAGACAGGUGUGCGUUUUACUGACAGAGACACUCGGCAGCAUUUUCCCCUUCUGUUAAGUGACUUUUUUGUUACAUUUGUUAUUGCAAAGAGAUCCAAGCAGAAUUAAUUAUAAAAUUAUUUUUUAUGCUAAUUGGAGGAUUUCUGACAUUUUCUUGUGAGGCAGUAGGUAGUAAAAAUCCUGAAUCCCAACUGCAUUCCUUCAUCACCCACCUCCUUUAAGUGUUGUCAAUAAAAACACUAACCUUUCUAGGUAGCAUGGUAAGAAGACAUUAUGUGAUGAAUAUUAAAAAUAAAUGCAUGAGGUAAAUUUGCUGUUAUUUCUGAUCGUUAUAUGAAGCAUGAAUAACACUAAUUUAAAUGUUGGCAACGAAAAAAGUGCAAAGGAAUAAGAUAACGGUGUUCGCUUCUGGUUAAAUGGAAGAUGCGAAGUUAUUCCUGUUUUCUUCUUAACCACAACAUCUUUUUCUUUAUCCGUUUCCCAUAGCUUAUGUGAAUUUGGAGCUGGUGAAAUAUACAUCUCUGCUGUAUGUGUCUGUCACCAGAUCAAGAGGAAAAUACAAACUUUUUAUAGUUUUGUACCUGUAGCAAAUGUUUGUAUUUUUUGAAUUGGAAACAAAACUGCUUUUUCUCUUUCGUGUAUUAUUAUUAUUACCCUUUCAGAAAAACUGGCAUAUGAGUUUCUGUUAUUUAACAGUUUCUAAAUAAAUUCUUAAAACAUU